UAUAAUAUACUUUGAGGUUGAAGCCUCAUCAUCAAAACUAAACCUAGCCACAACUAUAAUAAUCACGAUGAUACUAAUUCAUAAGUCACACACUAUGAUUGCAUCAUUUGUUUCAACACUACUACUACUUAUUGUGGGAGUAGUGAAUUCAUAUCCGGAAGGCGAUAAGAUAAGCAGUUUGCCAGGCCAGCCACGUGUCACAUUUCAGCAAUAUGCUGGCUACAUUACUGUCGAUGAUAACCAUGAUAGAGCUUUGUUUUAUUAUUUUGUUGAAGCUGAAUCAAACCCUGCUUCCAAGCCACUAGUUCUUUGGUUGAAUGGAGGGCCUGGUUGUUCUUCGGUUGGAGUUGGAGCUUUUGUUGAGAAUGGUCCUUUCAGACCCGGUGACAACAAUAUUCUUCUAAAAAAUGAUUAUAGUUGGAAUAAAGAGGCAAACAUGCUAUAUUUGGAAUCACCAGCUGGAGUUGGUUUCUCAUACUCUAGCAAUAAAUCUUUCUAUGACUUGGUUACAGAUGAGAUAACAGCAAGGGAUAAUCUUAUAUUCUUAGAGCGCUGGUUUGCUAAAUUUCCUGAGUAUGCAAAAAACGAGUUCUUCAUUACUGGGGAGAGCUAUGCAGGUCACUAUGUUCCACAACUUGCAUUUCUUCUUAUUCAAUCCAACACCACCUUCAAUGUUAAUCUUAAGGGAAUAGCGUUAGGGAAUCCUCUGCUGGAUUUUAAUGUUGACCUGAAUUCGGAAGCGGAUUAUUUAUGGUCUCAUGGGCUAAUAUCUGAUUCGACAUACGAACUAUACAAUACAAUAUGCAACUCUUCUCAAUAUAUGAGAGAAUCUAUAGAUAGAAAGAUUAGUGCUGAUUGUGCAAGAGUAAAUAAUGUAUCGUCCACCGAGAUAUCCGAUUAUGUUGAUCAAUAUGAUGUCACUCUUGAUGUUUGUUUGUCACCAGCCAAACAACAAGUUUAUAUGCUCACAAAUCAAAUGCAUGCUACACAAAAUAUAGAUGUUUGUGUGGGAGAUAAAUUAGUGGUAUACUUAAAUAGGAAAGAUGUGCAACAAGCACUCCAUGCUAAACUUGUUGGAGUUACCAAAUGGUCAACUUGCAGCACGGUUCUGAAUUAUGACUAUCAUAAUCUAGAAAUACCAACACUUCCUCUUCUAGGUACAUUCGUUGAGUUGGGUAUUCGGGUUCUCGUAUACAGUGGAGACCAAGAUUCAGUGAUCCCAUUAAUUGGGUCAAGAUUUCUGGUGAAUGCAUUAGCCAAAGAAAUUGGACUCAAUACAACAGUGCCCUAUGGAGUCUGGUUUGAGGGAAAACAGGUAGCGGGAUGGACACAAGAAUAUGGCAAGAUAUUAUCAUAUGCGACGAUUAGAGGAGCAUCUCAUGAAGCUCCAUUCUCUCAACCAGCCAGAUCUUUAGUGCUACUUCAAGCAUUUCUUCAAGGAAAACCACUUUCCAAUAAUAUAUGAGCAGAGAUGAAUAACGCACCCCUUACUAUUAUUUUUUUUAAUCAGAUAUGGAUGAAUAAUAUAUACUUCAAAUAAUGCUCUUUUUUUCUUUUAGGUGAGCUUCAUAUCUGCCAUAAGUAUGUAAUCUCAAAAUCUAACUUCGAUAAAGAAUUGAAAUUGCGUCUUACAUUAGGUCGUGGUUGUAAUAUUAAAUCUCAACAAAAUAAAAGUUAGUUUUGGUUUCUUUUGUUUCCAUUGUUAUAAUGUUUUAUGUUUAAUUAUGCACCUCAUAUUAAAAUACAAAAUAUACAUAAAAAAUAAAUUAAAUAAAGGGUAAUGUUAAAUAACCAAUAACUUUUUUGAACAUGAACAACCACUAAUAAAAUAAAAACACACUACACCUUCAAAUUAACCACCCAAAUCUUAAUAUCAGAAUAACCAUCUACACAUCUAGUAAAAUAAACAUUCGAUAUAUCUAUUGUUCACAUUAUUGUUCACAUUAUUCACCAAUGUUAUUGGUUACCUAUACUUUUCUAUAAAUAAAUUAUGUGCUAGUCUUAAGAAUAGAGUGGUCCAAUACAAAGUGAGCAGAACAACGUAUAUAAGAACAUAGUUUUGGGUUAACGAUACAAAACUGUUAUUAUCCUUUCUUUGUGAUCUAGAGUUUGAACCCCAAGUAAGAAGUGAGAAAGAAAAUAAUAACAAAACCAUGAUGAGAAAAAAACUGGUAUUAGCAAGAUACAUGAAACCCGGUUCUAUGGUGACAUUUUGCACUUUGUAGAUAGGAAAUCCUCUCCUCGACUUUAAAACUGACUUGAACUCUAGUUGUGAGUUUUAUGGUCAUGGACAGAUCCAAGUUCAGCAUAUGAAAUCUACACCAGUCUGUAACUAUACUAAAAUAAGAAAGGAGACACAAGAUAGACGUUUGUGCUGAAGACGAAACAAUGGAUAUACUUAAAUAGGAAGGAGGUGCAAGAAGCUCUCCAUGCUAAGCUUGUUGGUGUGUCCCUGAAUAAUCAACUUGUAGCGAGUAAGUGUUUUCUUUAAUUGUAAUUCUACACAUCAAACUUAAGAAUUUAAGAAUUUACAUGCGACUAUAAAAUAUACUCUUGUGUUCAUUUAGCUUGUCACCCUUGUAUUACAGAGUUACAAUUAUGACUAUCAUGAUCAGGAUUCAUACCAAAAUAAAAUAUACAUUGCAAUCAAAAAUUCAAAAUAUACCUCAGAAAGAGCAUUACUGGGUACCGAUUCUGAAUGUGAAGUUAACACUAGACCGAACCAAAUUGUAAAGAAAAUCCUAUGAGCAAUACUAUGAUAAUAGAAUUCAAUAUUAUGCCUGAUUCUUCUUUACUCACACUUCAGAAUCAAGAAUUCUGGUGCAUUGGAUCACCAUAUAUAUAACUCGAUGAUUUUCAUUUCCAAUUGAUUAAGUCUGAUUCCAAUAUAUGAGAUACCAAUGAAAGGAAAAUGCUUAAGCAAGCAAACACAAUGCAUUAAAAAAGAGUUUCCCCAUUUGUUGCAGAAAAAUGGCUUGUUCCAACAGCAGACAACAUACAUU